UUUUAUGUUCUAUGGUCAUGGCUUUGAUUAACGUCGAGAGGUCUAGCUAGCAAUAAUCCUAUUUACGUUUACGCUUGCAAAUCGUGUGUAUAUACCUAUUUGACGAUGAUUCAAUAGCGCAUCGUGCGGCUGAGAAAUUGGACGGACAUCGUUUCUCGAUUAAGUUUAUACUGUGCACAGCGGACACGUUACUUCACGAAAUACCGCUGAAAGUGUUGGCCAGAAAAUUCUUUUCGCAUCCCCCGGUAGUCCGCCAUUAUCGCCGUUUGUGCGGCGUAUUGUCGGCUUUGUAUCGUCGACUUUGUUCAAGAAUCGGUCCCGUUUGGCGAGUCGUGGAACAUAAUUAGGAAAAAAUUGAUUCUCGCUAACCAUGGCUCGCAGCCGAAAGGACAGCACGGGUAAGAGUGACUCUGAAGCUACAGACAAGGAGAAUAAAAAGGAGAGGGCUCGAGAGAAGGAACGAAAGAAACGGGCGGCCUCUUCCUCCAGCAGCGGAAGUAGCUCCUCAGACAGCAGCUCUGGAUCUUCGAGUUCCAGCAGCGGCAGCAGCUCCAGAUCUAGUUCUACUUCUAGUAGUUCUUCCAGCAGUUCAGCCAGUUCUUCAGGUAGUUCCAGAGAUCGAGGAAGAAAACGCAGUCGUAGCAAAAGUGUUGAUACUUCGAGGAGACACGAUAAUAAGGAAAAAGAGAGAGAUAAAGAAAGAGAAAGAGAUAGGGAUAGGGAUAGAGAUCGCGAAAAGGAGAAGAAAAAGGGAAGCAAUUCUAUUCCUGAUAAACCUAAACCUAAAGGACGCUCCAGAUCUCCUUCUCCACGCAGAAAGCGUAGAGAACGUUCACCGAUCCCUAGACCAACAAAAAUACAUAUUGGCCAUUUAACACGGAAUGUUACUAAAGACCACGUGAUGGAAAUAUUUUCAGCAUACGGUCAGAUAAAAAUGGUCGACUUUGCGAUGGAUAAACUUCAUCCUAAUCAGGGAAGAGGAUUUGCGUACGUAGAAUUUGAUACUGCGGAUGAAGCUGAGAAUGCCAUGAAACACAUGGAUGGAGGGCAGAUAGAUGGUCAAGAAAUUACAGCUGCUCCAGUAUUAUUGCCGAAACCUCGACCGCUGCUGAUGCGCCGCAUGUCUCCCGGCAUGGGAAGACGUAUGCCGCCACGAUGGCUAGGCGGUGGCAGAAAUACGCCGCCUCGUUAUCGCAGACGCACGCCACCGAUGAAUCGCCGUAGAAGUCCGCGACCUCCGAGACGCCGAAUAAGAACUCGAUCGCGAAGCCCACCGGGGAAUCCGAGACAUCGACAUCGUCGGUACACGAGAUCCAGUACUAGUAGCUCCCGAUAGUUUUUUUCAUCGCAUUGUACAUAUAUUGUACAUUUUUUUCGAACUUGACCAACACGCUGUUGUACAAUGGUAUUAUAAUUAAGUAAUACAUGUAACAACUACGCCAGUUUAUAAAUGUGUUUACCAUCAUGGCGAUCAUGGACUCAUUUAUACAAAUAUCACAAUUUUAUGUUCCGUCGAAUAAGCACUUUUGAAAUAUAAAUUUCAUAACAUGUAAUAAUGGUAACGCAUUUUAUAGUUAAUUAAUAUCUUAAGUUUUCACGAAAACAGGUAACACGACAUAAAUAUAAAAUUUAUUUUAUUCGUCUUUAUUAUUCCUUCGUAUGUAAAAAAAAUGAUUUAAUUGAUUGAACUUCAUAAUCCAUUCUUUACACACAAUAAUUAAUUUGUAAUUUAAAUAUAACUGAUUAUAAAAAAUGUAAAUGCUACUUUUUCAUAAAACCUAUUUGUUUCAUAACUUAAGGUAUUAAUAAAUUAUAUCAUUAUGAAUUGGCGUUUACUACUUUAUGAAGAUCAUAGAUUUGUUUAUAAAUCAGUUUCAAGUUUCAUAUCGAAUAAACAUUUUUGAAAUAUACUAAUUUCACAAUAUGUAAAAAAAUUGUA